AUGGCUGGCCGCGGACGUCGCGGGCGGAGCGCCCCCGCCAGGACUGACCUGGUGGAGUGGGUGUCCGGCGUCGCGUCGCUGCAGGAGGUGGCCGCGCUGCAGGAGCUGCGCCGGUGGAUGGAGGCCACCCAGGAGAUCGGCAAGAACGUGAGCGGCCUGCUGGAGCGGGGCGCUGGGACUCCCCUUCUGUCGACCCCCCUCACCUCUGGCUGGACUCGCUGUGCUUCCGAGAACGAGCUGUGCCAGUGCCCCAGCAAGGUCGUCAGGUUCGGUGAUCCAGUGGCGCAGCGCUGGACGGAGGCGCUCAGCCCGAGGCCCACGGGGCCAGACUCGUUCUGCACGCGGGCCGCCUUCAGGGAGGACCCUGCUCCCUUUCAGCUGAAGGUCUGCCAGUGCUGGAAGCCGUCGCCGACGUGCCCAGACGGAUCGCCUCUGGACGUGUCCAAGUGCCCCGGGUACGGAGGAUAUGCGCAUGCAUGCCUGGCGGGCUGUCAGGGCUCGCAGGGCGGCACCGCGCCCUCGGAGCCCGGCGGUGAGGAGGGGCGCCUGUGUUCCGGCGGCAGGGCGCAGGAGCUGCUCUGGUCCUGCGACCUCGCGCGCGGGCCGUCCGAGGGCCGCCCUGGCGCUCGGGCCGAGGGCGUGCUGGAGAAGGCCACGCAGGAGAUCUGCAAGGACCGGUUUCCCAAGUUCCGAAACCUCCUCGAGGUGCGCCUGGACUGCGAGUUUGCGCGACAGUACGAGACCUGGGUCGUGCAGGGUCCAGCUGGGUUUGGCUGGUUGGAGGCCGCGUACGUCACCUACGUCGCGGGAAAGAAAGACUCGAAGUACGAGUGGCAGGCGACCAAUUUGGCCCGCUCGGUGGACAUCUUCUCGGAGCGCCCUCUGGUGGUCGUCGUCUUCGACGACGAGUUCGUGCCGCCCGCGGAGUGGCACGAAAUGCCCAACGUCAUAGUGUACAAGAUGCUCCCAGAACCUGACACCGUGUCGUUCAACUUCAACAAGCUGCGCGCAAUGGUCGGGGCCCGAGCGGUGCUCGGAGUCGAGCUGGACACCGAUCAGAUCGUCUUCGCUGGCAUCGACCAGAUGUUCAACAGCACGGCGCGAGAAGUCACCGAGCGGCACCCCUGGCCGAUCAUGCCGGUGCACUGGAUGUCCCGGGACGACCACGAAGGCAAUCCUUACCGGGUCUACGCCUUCCGCGGCUACAACGGCACGCACACCAUGCGCUGGGGCCAUGCGCACCCCACGUGGUCCUUCUGGGCCUUGCCGUUCCUGCUGGACACGCUGCUGGAGAGGCUGCUUGCGACCGAAGGGCCGAACAUCAGUUUCAUGGCCUGGAGACUGCCGGAGGCUCGCGCGCAUGGGCUGCCCGCCCUGCUGGAGCAGGGGUCCCUCGCCAAGUCCGCUCGCCAGGUUGUCCCGGCGGUGUGGAUGCAGGAGAAGACGAGGACAUGCUGA